AUGGACCGAGUAAGCCGGUCUCGUCCACCGGCGGCAUCGUCAUCCGCUCUUGGAAAACGAUCCCGGGACACCACAGACCACCAGGUAUUGAAGCCGCCGAAACAUCCGAGGCUCGUUGGCCCUUCCAGCGAAUCGAAAGCUGCGGCUCCAUCGACGCAGCAUACGGGUGCCUCUGCCACCGUGAGCAUUGGGGCGACUCUGGGCCGAUUUACGCGGCAACUAGGGCAGGGAGCAUCUGGCAUCGUCGUGGAGGCCAAGAGAAAGAGGCGCGUUGUCGCGAUCAAACUCUUUGCGAAGGGCGACGAGGCGGCCAAAAACGAGCGGAAGAUGCUGCAAAGGUUACGAGAGAACGACGGAGAGAAGCAGGGCAAGUGUAUCCGCUUGCUUGACUACUUUCGACAUGACGGUGUUGACUGCAUCGUCAUGCCUUGCUGCCCCAUAAGCCUCUCUCGAUUUCUCACAGAGAACGGCGGGAUGCCUUUUCCAAUGAGCCACAUCCAGAGUGUUGCUCGCCAGCUGCUGGCGGCCACCUCCUUCCUACAAACAUUGACGAUGAUCCACACCAACAUAAAACCGGACAACAUACUCUUAUGCAACGACGCAUACCAGACAUUCGUGUACAAGCGGCAACACCAACGGCGUGUGCUGUACAGCACUGAGAUUCGCUUGGCUGAUUUCGGCUCGUCGGCUGUCGAAAAAGACACACGUACGAAGCUCGUGACGACGUGCUACUAUCGAGCUCCCGAAGUUAUCUUAGGUCGGCGCUGGUCGUAUGCAAUCGACGUGUGGAGUGUCUACUACGUCUCCGGCCUCUUCAUACACCUCUACGUCACAAUAUACCUCCUCGAAGGUGACCCGACUCCGAAUCGACCUGUCGUUGUGAUCUGGGCCGUUACGCUGGUUUUGGAAAUCUCGAUUUUUACCGUCAAUGUCAUUCGCCUGACUGACCGCCACCAAGUUCUACGCAACAUUGUCCCAGGCGUAUGGACGAUCGCUUACGGACCUGAUACGUGGGACUAUGUCGACAUUUCGAUUAACGCGUUCCGACUUAUCGUUCUCCUGUUCCUCCUUGGCGUUCAUACCUUGAUUGCAUAUUCACGAAGCAACGUCCGCGAAAAGUCAAACGACGACGAUUCAGAAACAGCCCAGUCGGACGAGACAAUGCCACUUUUAGGAGCGACCGACGGGCCGGCCAACGGGUCUGCCAACGGAACGACCAAGAGACCGUCUAGGGAUUCUACAGAAAGCUCCGCCAACGGUUCUAGCAGCUCCUCCGAGACCCUAGUAGACGGUACCACGCCCGGCGCUUCACCAGCCGAAGAGACCGCCUUUUAUCGGCCACGAAAGCUUCCCCACAAGACUUGGUGGGAAUACUUGACCAGUUACUCAUUAUUCUUCCCUUAUCUCUGGCCAAGGGACUCAGCAAGGUUGAAACGCGUCGUUGUCGUAUGUUUCCUGAUCCUCAUUGUUCAGCGUAUUGUGAACUUCUUGGUUCCUAACCAAAUUGGCCACAUCACCGAUGCCUUUGAAGCUGGGACGGGAAUGCCGUGGGUUGAGAUCUUGAUCUUUAUCUUUUACAAGGUCUUGUAG